AUGGCCGCGGUACAACCAGUAAAGGCCCCGGUAUACAAGAUAUUGUUGCCAGGCGCAGUAUCAGGAAUCAUUAUUUUGACCAUAAUGAUUACUGUGGAAAUCUAUACUUAUGGACAGUACCAAUGGGCAAAGAAUAGGCCGAACAAGGUGGUUCUUACGAGACAAUUCCUAAAAGCCUUAAGACAGCAGCACAGACUAGCUGAACAACAAGGUUCGUUAAGUUUAUUCAUCCUCCUCUUUUUAAAGUUGUUUUUUUUUUGUUAG